CAAAGGAGGAUCAAAGUUCUGCACUUUGGGGAAUUUUCUGAUUUAGGGCAUAGAAGGAAGAAGAAGGGAAGAACAUCUGAGAAGUAGAACAACAAGGUGCAUUAUAACCUUAAGAGAAAUUAUUUUUUUUUUGACUGGCUAGUUCCCUCAUAGGUAUGAUUAUUUUUUGUUUCUGUGGUAAUCUUCAAAGUCCUCAGAACAAUUCUGGUGUCACAGGUAGCAUUUAAGACACAUUCCUUGCUGGACGUGGUAGAGACGCCCCCCGUCCGUCGGGUCUCUCGCUGCAGUUCCUCAGGUUGGCCGCAGGGGGCGGAAUCUGCGGCGGCCUGGAAAACUGGCGGAGGCGCCAGGCGCCGCUCUCUCUCUCGAGUCAGGUUCUCAGCUCCCGGCUCCCGGAGCCCGGCGCGGAGCUGCUGCUCAAAGGACCCGCAGCCGAGGCGGGUGGGCGUGAGGACGCGGGACGCGGCGUCGUCUGAUCAGCCCGCAGUCCGCAGCCCCGCUGAGCCUGGAAGCCGCCGGGAUGGAGCCGCCGCUGCCGGUUGGAGCCCAGCCCCUUGCUACUGUCGAGGGUAUGGAGAUGAAGGGUCCUCUCCGGGAGCCCUGCGCCCUGACCCUAGCCCAGAGGAACGGGCAAUAUGAGUUAAUAAUCCAGUUGCACCAGAAGGAACAGCAUGUUCAAGAUAUCAUUCCUAUAAAUAGCCACUUCAGAUGUGUUCAAGAAGCAGAAGAAACUCUUCUGAUUGACAUAGCUUCAAACAGUGGCUGCAAAAUUCGAGUUCAGAGUGACUGGACCAGAGAGCGCCACUUUGAAAUCCCUGAUGAGGAACACUGUUUGAAGUUCCUCUCAGAGGUCUUUGCUGCUCAGGAAGCUCAGUCACAACUUCUGGUUCCAGAGCAAAAGGAGUCAUCCAGCUGGUACCAGAAAUUAGACACUACGGACAAACCUUCUGUUUUUUCAGGCCUUCUUGGGUUUGAGGACAAUUUUUCGUCUAUGAAUUUGGACAAGAAAAUAAAUUCACAAAAUCAGCCUACAGGGACUCAUCGGGAACCUCCACCCCCACCCUCUUCAGUGAAUAGAAUGCUUCCACGUGAAAAAGAAGCUUCAAACAAGGAACAGCCCAAAGUGACCAACACUAUGCGGAAGCUGUUUGUACCAAAUACCCAGUCUGGGCAGCGGGAGGGUCUCAUCAAACAUAUCCUGGCAAAGCGAGAGAAAGAAUAUGUCAACAUUCAGACUUUCAGAUUUUUUGUUGGAACUUGGAACGUGAAUGGCCAGUCUCCAGAUAGCGGGUUAGAACCUUGGCUGAACUGUGAUCCAAAUCCUCCUGAUAUCUACUGCAUUGGAUUCCAAGAGCUGGACUUGAGCACAGAAGCCUUUUUCUAUUUUGAAUCUAUGAAGGAACAAGAGUGGUCCAUGGCUGUAGAGAGAGGUUUGCAUUCCAAAGCCAAGUAUAAGAAAGUUCAACUAGUCCGUCUUGUUGGGAUGAUGCUCCUUAUAUUUGCCAGAAAGGAUCAGUAUCGACAUAUCCGUGAUGUUGCUACAGAAACAGUUGGAACUGGAGUCAUGGGGAAAAUGGGAAACAAAGGUGGAGUAGCUGUGAGAUUUGUGUUUCACAACACUACCUUUUGUAUCGUCAAUUCCCACCUGGCUGCACACGUGGAGGACUUUGAGAGAAGGAAUCAAGAUUAUAAGGACAUCUGUGCAAGAAUGAGUUUUGUGGUCCCAAAUCAGACCCUCCCACAACUGAACAUCAUGAAACAUGACGUUGUCAUUUGGUUGGGAGAUUUGAAUUACAGACUUUGCAUGCCUGAUGCCAAUGAGGUGAAAAGUCUCAUUAAUAAGAAUGACCUUCAGAGACUCUUGAAAUUUGACCAGCUAAAUAUUCAGCGCACGCAGAAAAGAGCUUUUGUUGACUUCAAUGAAGGGGAAAUCAAGUUUAUCCCCACUUAUAAGUAUGACUCUAAAACAGACCGGUGGGAUUCCAGCGGAAAAUGUCGAGUUCCAGCCUGGUGUGACCGAAUUCUUUGGAGAGGAACAAAUGUUAAUCAACUUAAUUAUCGGAGUCACAUGGAACUGAAAACCAGUGACCACAAGCCUGUUAGCGCCCUCUUCCAUAUUGGGGUGAAGGUUGUGGAUGAACGGAGGUAUCGGAAAGUCUUUGAAGACAUUGUACGCAUCAUGGACAGAAUGGAAAAUGACUUCCUUCCUUCUUUAGAACUGAGCAGGAGGGAGUUUGUGUUUGAGAAUGUGAAGUUUCGGCAACUACAAAAGGAGAAGUUCCAGAUCAGCAACAAUGGACAGGUUCCCUGCCAUUUUUCUUUCAUCCCUAAGCUUAAUGACAGCCAGUACUGCAAGCCAUGGCUUCGGGCUGAACCUUUUGAGGGCUACUUGGAGCCAAAUGAGACAGUGGACAUUUCUCUUGAUGUAUAUGUCAGCAAAGACUCUGUGACCAUCCUGAACUCUGGGGAAGAUAAGAUUGAAGAUAUUCUUGUCCUUCACCUGGAUCGAGGCAAAGAUUACUUCUUAACCAUCAGUGGAAAUUACCUCCCAAGUUGUUUUGGUACAUCCCUAGAGGCUUUGUGCCGAAUGAAAAGACCAAUUCGGGAAGUUCCUGUUACCAAACUCAUAGACUUGGACGAAGACAGCUUCCUAGAAAAGGAGAAAUCCCUCCUACAGAUGGUUCCUUUGGAUGAAGGUGCCAGUGAGAGACCCCUUCAGGUCCCCAAGGAGAUCUGGCUUCUAGUAGAUCACUUAUUCAAACACGCCUGUAAACAGGAGGACCUGUUCCAAACCCCUGGGAUGCAGGAAGAGUUACAGCAGAUCAUUGAUUGUCUGGAUACCAGCAUUCCUGAGACAAUCCCUGGUAGUAAUCACUCUGUGGCUGAAGCACUGCUCAUUUUCCUGGAAGCCCUGCCAGAGCCAGUCAUCUGUUAUGAGCUAUAUCAGCGAUGUCUUGAUUCUGCUCAUGAUCCCCGGAUCUGCCGACAGGUGAUUUCCCAGCUUCCAAGAUGCCAUAGAAAUGUUUUCCGUUACUUGAUGGCGUUCCUUCGAGAACUCUUAAAAUUCUCGGAAUACAACAACAUCAGUGCCAACAUGAUUGCUACUCUCUUCACUAGUCUUCUUCUAAGGCCUCCACCCAACUUUAUGGCAAGACAGACUCCAAGUGACCGCCAGCGUGCUAUUCAGUUUCUUCUGGGCUUUCUGCUUGGGAGUGAUGAAGACUAAGGUUUUUCCUCUUACUACUCCGAGAUUCUAGAGGUGGAAGAUCUCGGGCUCCAAGUAUUUCAGAAUGGUUUAAAAAGUCAUACCACAGGAAGGGUCUAUUGCAGAAUUUCAAGUUCUGUUUAUAGUGCAAAAGGAAGAGAGUUUCCUAAUCCCUCCUUUACCAUAUCCUACACAGCAAAAUACUUUUAGAUUUACAUUGCCAAGCCAAAGUUACCAUAUUUUGGUGUUUUUGUGUUUUCUCUUUAUAAGGCAAAGAGAUCUGUAUCUACACUCCUUUACCUGGGGAUGCGUUUGUUACCCUCCUACCCAAUCUUCAUGUUUGUCCUUGGUACCCUAGGCCUAGAUUCUGAGAUGGUUCCAUUCUAGGCCUACAAGCACUACUUGCUGUAGCUCAGACUUGUCUGUAGUCCUUCAUAUACGCACUUUUGACUCACCCCCUCCCCGUAUCACUCUUUGCACUCCGCUCCCCUCGUUCUAUCACUUUGAAUGAAGUCUGAGUGAGGCUAGUGACUCCUUGGGUGUGCUCAACGGUGAGUUCACCAUCUACAUAUGGUCGAUACAUGCGUUUGUGCAUUUCUACUACAAUGGCAUCUUUAUGUCUCUGUAACAUUGGCCUUUUUGUGGCUCCAUACUGGGUGGAACCGUAUUCUCUUAUCUCAGAUCACAUUUAGUAGCAUAACUUAAGGGACUAUUAGAGAUGACAUCCCAUUGAUGUGAGAGAAUCAUGAUCAGAAUGGAAGCACUUUGAGUAUUUCAGGAGUGAGAGUAUUCAUGUUUGACAGGUCCUGCAUCCCACUAUCCCUUUCCUGUCAUUCAAAUUUUACAUGAAGACUAAUCCUGGGUGUCUGUGGGACCCAUCUCCUCCUUAGAAAUCCACAUCCAGAACAACACUUGCACCACUGUAUAAAAGGGGGUCUGUACACCUCAGGCCUGUCUAGAGCUAUCACUCCUUCUCACUGCAAGGGUAACAAGGAUGACCCUUAGAACCCCUUCUCUGGUCUUCUGAAGUACCAAGGGGCAGAUGUCACCUCCUCCCUCAGCAGGGCUGACUCUGGGCUCCACCACCAGCUCCUGCAAGAAAAGGGUUUAGAGAAUCCCCUUGGCUCCCGGUCACCGUGCCCAGUGCUGUUCGAAAGACUCACCAGUGUGACCAACCGCGUACCUUACCUUUCCCACCCAAGAUGACCCUCUGAGCUUUUCAUGUAUUCAAGCUCUGUGGGACAGCCUUUAAAAAAAAAAAUCUAUGAUGGUUGACAAAAAAGCCACCAGCCACUGAUUGCAGAACUGCCUGAUGCAGUUGGCUUCCUCCUGGUUUUCUUUAGUUAAAACCACCCUGAAAUGACUCAUUCUUGCCUGGUAACAUCAGAUGCAAGGAGCAGAAUGCACAAGCUCUGUGUACAAUCUCGAGCAUUGACUCCAUGACUCUUCUACCGUAUCCAAGGCACUGCUACCAAAUGAGUCUCCAAUCCCCGUCUCUUGAGAGUUGAGUUCUUUAGCGAAAAGAAGGUACGUAUUCUGCAAUAUACUGGCAAAACCCUUUCCUGAUGGGGAGUUGGGGAAAUAGGAGUCACAUUACUGGUGCCAAAUAGCUGAAGAUCUGAUAGGUCAGGGGCUGGGUGUUGAACUUAGUUAAUGGAAGACUGAGAGCAGAACAGUUUUGUCAUCUCCACUAGGCCAGAAAGUGAUCACAAAAAGAGGCAGAUGAUAGACACUGGGGCAAGGUCAUAACACGGGGAAGUGCCUUUCUUGGGCCCAUUUUCUAGUAUGUUGCCAACCCGGGAUCUUUGGGUGAUCAAGAGUGUGAUUAGUGGGGGCUCUGUGCAGCAUGUGUACAGUGUCCCAGCUCUUUCUCCAUCUGAUCGAAGCACUGCAUUGGUUUACUGCCGCAAUCUUUUCAGCUCACCAUGGGAUGUAUACAGGGUCAAGAGUUUUAGACAAUCUCUAGAUGGGGGAGACAAAACAUAGACUAGACGGAAGAAAUCUGCUUCCCUACCAUGCCUAUUCCAGUACCCCAAACUCUAAUUCCUAAGUCCUCUAAGGUACUAUUUCAUAGCUCCUCUGAAGUAAGGAUUUCAGAUCCAACUGGUAGGGAAGGACUCUGCACUUGUUGUUUUAGGGAAGAAAUGGUUCAAAUCCAUGUGGUGACAUUGCAUUAGUCUCCCUUUCGCUGUUUUCUGAUUCUUCUUCUGUAAUCAUUUGUUAUAGUUCCCAAAAACGUCUUGAUCACUAAGCAAAGCUGCUAGUGGGAUUCUGUAUUUCAUGUCAUCUUUUUUAUUAUAAUUUAUUGCGAAUUUUUUUUCUGAAUAAAUAUAUGUUGUGUGAAAAA